AUGGAGAAACCCCAGCCGUCCCGGAAGGACACUGUCUUGACUCGCCGUUAUAUUGAAGGCCUCAUUGCAGAGGGAAAACAUGUCAUUAUCUUCGAGGGCCGUGUUUUGAAGGUAGAUGCCUGGAUCAAGUUCCAUCCCGGAGGAGACAAGUCCAUCAAACACAUGGUGGGCAGGGAUGCGACAGAUGAGAUCAACGCGCUACAUUCCCAAGAAGCCCGCAACCGCAUGCCCUCGUAUCAGAUCGGUCGAAUUGAAGGGAUAUGGAUCAACUUUCUACCCCCAAUACAGGGCGGCAAGUACCGUCCCUACACAGAGGAAUCAUGCUCGACGGAGGAGGAUUCAACAAGCCAAGAGAGCUCCUAUGGAUCUACCUCGGCCCGUCAGAGGGAGUCGACCACAACCACCGACACCGUUUCUUCGACCCAGAACGGACCGCCCCAGCCAAAAUUUUUGGAUGCAAGAACCAGAGAGGAGAUUGUCUUCGACACUGCCAAAUAUCCUUCGUUGGACACCGCGAGCCAGGAGGAGAUUAAGCGCAAAUACCGUGAGCUGAACGAGCGGAUGAAGGCCGAGGGUCUUUACAACUGCAACUACUCUGCGUACUUCAUUGAAUGUUGUCGAUACAGUCUGUUCGCAGGCUUAUCAUACGUGUUUCUGCGCAUGGAAUGGUGGGCGGCCUCGGCAUUCUUCCUAGGCUGCGUCUGGCACCAGCUUGUUUUUACUGCCCAUGAUGCUGGCCACAUGGGAAUUACGCACAAUUUCCAUGUGGACAGUGUUAUUGGAAUGAUCAUCGCGGAUUACAUCGGUGGCCUAAGUCUCGGGUGGUGGAAACGAAGCCACAACGUGCAUCAUAUCGUGACCAACGAGCCUGAACACGACCCCGAUAUUGAGCAUAUCCCGUUCUUUGCCAUCUCGCAUCGGUUCCUUACCAGCCUUCGGAGCACAUACUAUGACCGAGUCAUGACCUUUGACGUCCCAGCUCAAUUCCUCCUCAAGUUCCAGAACUACCUUUACUACCCUAUCAUGUCGCUCGCGCGUUUCAAUCUCACUGCCCUGAGCUGGGAGUAUCUGCUGAAGCGCCAGGCUCCUCGGAAGGGUCCCGCCUGGUGGCAUUUCUACUUCGAGCUUGUUGGACAGGUCUUCUUCUGGACCUGGUAUGGCUAUGGAAUUCUGUACAAGACACUUCCCGAUACCAGCAGCCGCCUUACCUUCCUUCUCAUCUCGAACAUCGUUCCCUCCCCGCUGCAUGUUCAAAUCACAUUAUCCCACUUCGCCAUGUCAACCGCCGACCUAGGAGUCGGCGAGUCCUUCCCGCAGAAGAUGCUUCGCACCACUAUGGACGUCGACUGCCCAACAUGGCUCGAUUUCUUCCAUGGUGGUCUGCAGUUCCAGGCCAUCCACCAUCUGUACCCACGCAUGCCGCGCCACAACUUGCGUCGUGCCCAGAAGAACGUCCUGGAAUUCUGCCGAGAUACUGGUAUCCCAUAUGCGAUUUUCACAUUCUACGAUGGAAAUAAAGAGGUUAUCAGCCGUCUCGGUGAUGUCGCAAAGCAGGUCCGCCUUAUGGAGGAGUGCCGCAAAUCGAUUUCCGAAACUGGUGUCUUCUCGGAUCAUCAUCAUUGA